UAUCUGUGUUUGACAGUAUUGUUAAUUCUGACAUUGAUUAAAUUUCAUCCUCAUGUACCUACCUAAUUUAGUACCAAGUUCCUACUGAUUAGUGAUUUCAGAUGAACUGAUGAUUACAGACUUUUAAAACCGUCCACACAGAAGUUUCAGUCAAAGAUUACAAUAGUAUUCUAGGCCCUGGGGUUUCAGUCAUCAAAGACAGAAAAGAACUAAAAUAAAACCCUUACUGAUGCAGCUCGGAAAUAUUAUUGAUGAUUUACUACAGAAUAAAAAGUACUAAAGUUCAUUAUUUUUUUGAACUCAAUCAUGGUCCGUUUUAAAAACAGGUAUGUCACUGUUGAAAUCUUGUCUCCAAUGGUGCCCGAAAAUAAACCACUCUCACUGAAGUCAAGAAUAUUUCAUGAUACAUUGCUAGAAAAGAUACAACAACUGCAUGGAGAUUUUGGAAUUGCAGCCCUCAAAACUGGGCUCUUAACGAAAUAUUGCAAUGAAAAUACAAGAAUAGCAAUCAUCAGAGCGAGGCAUGGACCACAUAGAUUUGUAACUAGCAGUUUACCAUUUAUUACUAAAAUUGGUAAACUGGAUGUCAGAUUAAGAACACUUCACACAGGAGCUACAUUGAAGCAUUGUUUUAAGUUCAUACAAAAACAUCAAAGAUCAUAUUUGGACUCAUUGUGGGGAACACUAAAAACUGAUGAUGAACGAAAAGCCUUAGAAGCAGCUGUAAUGGAUUUCACAAAAACAGAUGUUAAAAUAAAUAUUGAAACUAUCCAAUAAAUUUAUUGAAAUGUACAAG